AUGAAUGUACCUGUUAUUAGGAUCACCAUCAUAUCAGUUAUUGAAAAGAAAUUGACAGUACCCAAUCGUGAUGGUGAAAAGAAUAAACAAAUUCGUACUCCAUUAGAAGAACAUAUUCAGUUAAAAUAUCAACCGCCCAAUUUUAAUAAUCAAACCAUCAGAAAAGAUAUCUAA